GAAAACACGUUUCGGACACCGGAUGCACACUCACUGUCGUUGACGCGUCCACAGCGCGCCACGCGUUUCUGAUACGGAGACGUUCGUAUCCAGAGACGUUUUAUUUUGUUGCGCUUUUGGGCACUGCGCGUGCGUUUCAUCCGCCACAACGAGAGAGAGAGAGAGAGAGAACUUACCCACGAGGCAGAAAGUCCCGAAAGUCCCAAAGUACACAAGGAGUAGAUUUAGCGAGCAAGGAAAACCUUUCUAGUACUCUGUUGAGGGGGGCGGAUGCUAUUUAUACAGGAUCGAUUAUACCGGUCGAUUGGUAACAUACUCUCUUUAACGACAAUAUGAGUGAAAUGUUUGAAUAUGUUCAAGCGCAGUAUUAUGGUAGUAUUGCAGUACAGUAUGCUAAACUAGUGCACAUGUAUAGUGAUUUGAUCUGGGCAAUUUCAUUUGAUUGGACAUCGUUCUAAUCUGGCCGUAUGACGUACUUUUGUGGCUAUAUAUUUGCAUUUAGAUGACAGCAUCCAGUUCCUGUGUGAUAAAAAGACUGCCAACCCACUCAGGCAGUGUCUCCAUGAAUGUUACAGGUGCAGUUGAAACCAAACGAUGGAAUAGAGAAAGCUACUUGAACCUCCAGAACUAUGUUCUCCACUCUAGAGGUUCACCUCAGAAAGCAGCCCUGUUCCUAUGGACUGUUUCUUCUUCUUUUUUUGUCAAUCAAUGAACAUUUACGCUUCUAUUCAAGGUUCAUUAGUGCAACCUGCACGCGGCUGUUGUUUCAAGAUAUGAUUGUUUACUUGUUUUGCAUAUUGACAGAAAACUUGGCUCGGCCUAAACUCAAAUGUGGUGGCUCGUUCAUGCACGGUGUCUUUGUUAAUGAAUUCAAUCAGUUUAUGUUAGGUUCAUUGUGUUGGGUUCAUGCCCAACAUCUCUUCAACGCUACAGCACGGCUGUUUCUGACAAUGAAGAUGGCCUCUCCAACCUUGAGGAGGAAUACGAAUGGUUGCGGGAGCGUGCCGGGGGGGAGCGCGUGCUGCAGCGGGCCGCUCUUGGCAACAUGGUGAAGGUCCAGAAGUCCACUCGGAGGAAGAGCUCCCUCUGUCUCCGCAGACUGGAGAGUGCCGGCCAGACGGAGAUGGAGGAAAGCCCGCCCCGGUCGGACAGCCAGCAUCCGGCAAAGGAGGAGCCCCGGGGGGAAGACCAGUCCGCUGACCGAGCCGAGCCCCAGACCUCCGGCCCGGUCGAGGCACCACCGGAGAGCACGGAUCAGAGCGAGACUCCGAUGGAGGUCCAGGAGAAGGGCGACGCCGCGGCCCAGCUCCAGGCCAAGCCCCUGUGGAAGCCCAUCCCACCUCUGAUGCCCGAGGCAAACGGGAGCGGUACCGCCAAGACCCGGGACCAGAUCUGCCAGACCGAGGAGUGGCUUCAGCACACCGGCUCCGGUCAUAACACAGGUUUCUGUGUGGAGCCUGGAGAUCCUCCCCUGCUCCAGCAGCCUCUGCAGACCUCCAAAUCCGGGAUCCAGCAGAUAAUCGAAUGCUUCCGCUCAGGCACCAGCCAGCUGAAACACAUGCUGCUGAGGGAGGUGGACACCAUCUUUGAGUGCAAACUGUGUCGCAGUCUGUUCAGAGGCCUGCCCAACCUCAUCACGCACAGAGAGUACUACUGCCUACCCCGGCUGCCCGAACCCGACGGUUCUUCAGGAGACGACAGACAUAGUGUGGUCAUGAAGGAGUUAUCGGAGGUAUAUCCCAGAGUCCCGGACUACGUGGUCCGACUGGAGCCCAUUCGGACCACCAACAAGGCCGUGUUCCAGUACCUCGCCACGGAGGAGGAGCUGGCCAGGAUCCCGUCGCAGACGCCAAGCGCCAGAGAGAGCCCGGUAGCCUGGGAUGGGGAAUCGGUGGAGGGCGCCGACAGCAACCUGCCGAGUCAACUCGGGGGGCCGGAGAGCCACUGCAGCCCGGGGCAGAAGAGGUGGGAGGCCGAGGAGGAGGCGGCAGCGGCGAAGGAGGAGCCGCCGAAGCCCGAGGACGAGGGCUCCACUAGCGGGGUUGAGGACGUGACCAUAUCCUGCUGUCUGUGCGGUCAGGAAUUCAACUCGCGCCGCAGCAUCAGACGCCACUGUCGUAAAGUGCACCAGAACAAGCUGGAAGAGCUGCGGAAGUUCACGGAGACGCGUACGGUUCCGACCAGCCUGCUGUCUAUGGUGAAAGGAGGUCGCCCGAGGACACUCAGCACGCCCGCAGGAAAAUCCUGCCCGGUGUGUUUCAAAAGCUUCGCCACUAAAGCCAACGUGCGUCGCCAUUUUGACGAGGUGCACCGCGGCCUACGGAGGGACGCCAUCACACCCAGCAUCGCUUCGCGCCCCGGCCAGCCUUUCUCUCUGGAGGUCACGCCCCCCCGGAAGAGCAACGCCUCCUCUCCAACGCGCAGCGGCAGCUCCAAGUCCACGCCGGUAAACUCCAAAGCGACGCCUACCGACCAAAGCCAGUCCAAACCUCAGGGUCAGGCGCCCGCCUCGCCGCAGGCGGCCCCGCCCUCCAGCCGCUGCGCGCUCUGCAAGAGGACCUACAGCUCUCAGCUCAUGUUGAAGAGGCACAUGCGCAUCGUCCACAAAAUAUACAGUGGCAAAAGUAACAAGUCCGCGGCCACGCCGCCCCCCUCCGCUCCGCCGGCCGCCCCCAACAGCAGCGGCGCCAACGAGGGCCCGGGCAACAACGUCCGGGUGAAAGAGGAGGCGGUGAAGGAGGAGGCGGGGAAACCUUCGGACGAAGACGAGGACUUCGACAGCAGUCCCGCCCCGUCCCCCGUCCAGAGCGCCGGGCCGACCAAAGGCGUUUCCGUGGCACCCAACGCCGUGAAGGUGAAGGAGGCGGAGGCCCCGUCGAGCCCAAAGGCCGCGCCGUCGUUGUCGUCGUCCUCCUCCUCCUCCUCCUCCUCCUCGCGCGCCGCCGCCAUCCUCCCCAAAACCACCAAACUGUCGGUGGGCUUUGACUUCAAGCAGCUCUUCUGCAAGCUGUGCAAGCGGCAGUUCAGCUCGCGGCAGAACCUCACGAAACACAUCGAGCUGCACACGGACGGCAACGACAUCUUCAUCAAGUUCUACCGCUGCCCCCUCUGCCGCUACGAGUCGCGGCGCAAGCGUGACGUCCUGCGCCACGUCACGGUGGUCCACAAGAAGACCUCGGCGUACCUCGGGAAGAUCAUGCCCAAGCUGGAAAGCCGGGCGGUGAAGAGGCUCGCCGAGGCCGUCCUCAACAGCACGUCCCCGAACAAGAGGCCGAGCGGCGGCGUCAAGGAGGAGGUGAACGGGCGCCACGUGUCCUCGUCCUCCUCGUCCUCCUCCCCCUCGCCGCCCGUCACCCGCAAGCAGGACUGCUCCACGGCCGCGCCGACCACCUCGUCGGCAUUGUCGUCGUCGACGUCGUCGUCCUCCUCUUCUUCCUCCUCGUCCUCUUCGUCCGCCUCCUCCGUCCAGCCGCCGGCCCCCGUCACCCGGAAACAGCAGGAGCUGUCCCUGCAGGCGGCGUCUCCUCCCGUCACCCGAAAGCAGGAGCGGCAGCAGACCCUGCAGACUCGUCCCGCCAGCCCCCCGCUGACCCGCCGCAGUGAGAAACACACACAACAGCGCAACUCGUCGGCCUCGCCUCAAACCCCAAACACCCGGCGGCACGACGCCCCGUCGGAGAGCAGCGGCGCGGCGUCCUCCACCGAAGUCAGAGUGACCAAGAACUUCUCCCUCCAUGCCUGCGACCAGUGUGGACGGGCCUUUGCCAAGAAGCUGUACCUGGAGUCUCACAAGCGCAGUCAUCGCAACGCGGCGACGGCGGCGGCCAGCAGGAGGAAAGGAGUCAGCACCCGCUCCAAGUCCCUGGUCUGGUGAAACGCCGACUGCCGCUGGGGGACGACGAGCCAGCCAGCCUCCAACGAUGAAGAAGCCAAUCAAAACUUCAAAUUGUGGAAAAUAACGGACGAAUGGAACGAGCACAGAACAGAGAUGAAAGGAGCAAAUAAAAGGAUUACGACGCAGGAAUGAAGUUCAAAGGAGUUCCACCUUCUGCUCACGAGCCAAAUGUAUAGUUGGUUUCAUGAAGUUUUUUUCUUUUUUUCUGUAUAGUUCAUUAUGAAGCCAGCCAGCUAGCUGGAUGGCGGCGCUGCUAUCCACAGAGAGACUUUAGCUAGAAGAUUCACUGCGACUGUAUAAAGUAUAUCUACCUACAACGGCAUGUAAAUAGAUCCGAAGGCAGAUGGCUGAUUUGUACUGCUUUGCUCAUGGCAGCGAGGGAGGAAGCUAAGGAGUGUGUGUGUGUGUGUGUGUGUCUGUGUGAGUGUGGGAAUCAGAACUGGAUCGAGACCCCCGGAGGAAAUCAACUGGAAACUUCUGGAAUCUUUUUCAUUUUCUAUUUGGCAAAAUCAGAAUUUGGUUGGACCCUCGCGGGCCCCAAACAGAUACACCGACAGGCUGUUUAUCACCUUUCCGUACAUUCACACCCUAUUUAGUGUUUUAGAGUGUUAGUGAUAUAUUCAAGACCAGUGGCUCAACAUUAUGGCUGAUAAACAGAUGACUGAUUUCACCCCUUCCCUUUCAUUCCCCCUGACAGCUAAAAGACUUUCUGUCUGUCAGAAGACUGCUCGCCUCACAGUCUAAAAAGGACCUUUGUGUAAAUGUUCCUACUGACAA